GAUGAACUGACCUAUGAUGAUGUGCAUGUGAACUUCACUCAAGAAGAAUGGGCUUUGCUGAAUCCUUCACAGAAGAGCCUCUACAGAGAUGUGAUGUUGGAGACCUAUAGGAACCUCAAUGCUGUAGGCUACAAUUGGGAAGACCGUAAUAUUGAAGAUCAUUAUAAAAGUUCCAGGAGACACGGAAGUCUCCAAAUGCAUAAAAUAAUACAUACUGGAGAGAAACAAUACAAAUACAAUCAAUGUGAUAAAGCCUAUUCACAAAAAAGUAUUCUCCAAAUACAUAAAAGAACACAAACUGGAGAGAAACUCUAUGAAUGUAAUCACAGUGGUAAAGCCUUUCCACGACACAGUCAUCUCAAAAUGCAUUUAAUUCCAUAUACUGGAGAGAAAUCUUACAAAUGUAAUGAAUGUGGUAAAGCCUUUGCAUAUCAUAGUACUCUGCAAGUACAUAAAAAAACACAUACUGGAGAGAAACUCCAUGAAUGUAAGCAAUGUAGUAAAUCGUUUGCCUCUCAACUUCACCUUCAAAGCCAUCAAAGAAGUCAUACUGGAGAGACACCUUUGAAAUGUAAUCAAUGUGAUAAAGCCUUUGUUCGACAACGUUAUCUCAAAAGGCAUUUAAUAACACAUACUGGAGAGAAACCUUACAAAUGUGAUCAAUGUGGUAAAGCCUUUGCAUAUCAUACAAGCCUGCAAGUACAUAAAAUAACACAUACUGGAGAGAAACCUUACAAAUGUGAUCAAUGUGGUAAAGCCUUUACAUAUCAUACUAGUCUGCGAGUACAUAAAAUAACACAUACUGGAGAGAAACCUUACAAAUGUGAUCAAUGUGGUAAAGACUUUGGAGAACAGAGUCGUCUUAAAAUGCAUAAAAUAGUACAUACUGGAGAGAAACCUUACAAAUGUAAUCAAUGUGGUAAAGCCUUUGUAUAUNAUAGUACUCUCCAAGUACAUAAAAGAAUACAUACUGGAGAGAAACUCCAUGAAUGUAAGCAGUGUGGUAAAUCCUUUGCCUGUCAAGGUCACCUUCAAAGCCAUCAAAGAACUCAUACUGGAGAGAAACCUUUCAAAUGUAAUCAAUGUAAUAAAGCCUUUGCUCAAAAACGUGAUCUUAAAAGGCAUUUAAUAAUACAUACUGGAGAGAAACCUUACAAAUGUGAUCAAUGUGGUAAAGCCUUUGCAUAUCAAAAUUCUUUACAGGUACAUAAAAUAACACAUACUGGAGAGAAACCUUACAAAUGUGAUCAGUGUGGUAAAGACUUUGGAGAACACAGUCGUCUUAAAAUGCAUAAAAUAGUACAUACUGGAGAGAAACCUUACAAAUGUAAUCAAUGUGGUAAAGCCUUUACUCAACAACGUAAUCUCAAAAGUCAUUUCAUAACACAUACUGGAGAGAAACCUUACAAAUGUGAUCAAUGUGGUAAAGCCUUUGGACAUUUUCGUACUCUGCAAGUACAUAAAAGAGCACAUACUGGAGAGAAACUCUCUAAAUGUGAUCAAUGUGGCAAAGCUUUUGCAGAUCAAAGGUAUUUUAAAGUACAUAAAAGAAUUCAUACUGGAGAGAAGCCCUAUGUAUGUAAUCAAUGUGGUAAAGCCUUUGCAUAUCAAAAUUCUUUACAGGUACAUAGAAGAAUACAUACUGGAGAGAAACCUUACAAAUGUAAUCAAUGUGGUAAAGCCUUUGCAUGUCAAAAUUCUUUACAGGUACAUAAAAGAAUACAUACUGGAGAGAAACCUUACAAAUGUAAUCAAUGUGGUAAAGCCUUUGCUCAGAACUGUGACCUCUUAACACAUCAAAGAAUUCAUACUGGAGAGAAACCUUACAAAUGUAAUCAAUGUGGUAAAGCCUUUGUACGUCAUUAUGGUCUUCGAACACAUGAAAGAAUACAUACUAGAGUGAAACAUGAAUGUAAUCAAUGCAUACCCGCUUAA